CGCGGUAACGGCGGGCCGGUGGGCUUGGACAGGGAGGGAGGGCCGGGUGGAGAUCGCCAGCUCCUCGCCCACCCGGGAGUCCUCCUGUCCACUCAUCCAGCAGUGCUCCCAGAGAAUGCGGGGACAAGCCUGGGCCCCGAGCGGGCAGGUCACGGCCCAAGGUCGGCCAGAGAAAGGGGCAGAUCCGGGCCCUGGUAAACAUUUUGGUCUACUUGCUUCCGGACUUUUAAUGGAUUAGUUAAUUCGUUGGGCAGAUAGCUACUGAGCACCUCCCAUAUGUCACGUCCUGGCCCAGAUGCAAGGAACGUGUAUGUCACUUAAGCUCUCAUUGUCCGGAACAGAGAAACAAAUUAGAAUUGUCCAAUUCGGUCAAUGAAAAGAUCGUUAUUGCGUGGGAUAUACACAUACGAGCACAUACGACAGUUCUUUCCUGUGGUUCCUGGGCUAAUUCACUUAAUAAAAACAAGACAGGGGUCUAAGAGGUGCAAACUAUUAGUUAUAAAAUAAACUACAAGGAUAUCUUGUACAACCAGGGGAACAUAGCAAAUUUUUUAUAAUUGAUAUAAAUGGAAUAUAACCUUUAAAUAUUGUAAAGCAUUAUGUUGUACACCUGUACUGUAUAUAAUGUAUAUCAACUAUUGUUCAAUAUAACCCCCCCCCCCACUCCAAACUACAAUACAGCAGCCAAAUAUUCCAUCGCAGCACCAUUCAGUAGAACUUUCUGUGAAGAUGGAAAUCUUUUACAUUCGCCCUGGCCAUUACAAGCCAUGCGGUGUGACUACUGAGCACCUAAAAAUAUAACCGUGUGAUGCUUGUAGUAACAGUAUUAUACUGUACACUUAAAAAUUUGUUAAGAGCAGUAAGUAAGGAGAGCCUUCAUUUUAUCAACCUUGACCUUUCUGAGCAUGGGGAGCACAAACAAGGAGAACAACUCCACAGAGAAAUCUGAAGAACAUAUGAGUUGCACGCUUACAUCAGUAGAAGCUGAAGAGGGACCGGGAACUUCUGCUGAAACAGAGAUAGCAAAAAACUCAGCACAGGGGACCAAAAGGAAAAGAGACACAAAAAAUAGCACAGGAGACACGUCACAACGCUGUGACGGUGUGAAACCUCCGAGGACCCCGACGCGGAUCCCCAUCCCCCCUCUUCCUUCUGUCCUGCCGCCUGUCAACCUGGUCCACAGGGACGUCAUUCGAGCUUGGUGCCAGCAGCUAAAACUGAGCACCAAAGGCCCGAAACUAGAUGGAUAUAAACGACUCUGCGAAUAUGCUUACCCUCAUCAAAAAAACUUUCCUGCCACGGCACAGGAGGCCAGGAUCCUGUCACUGUCGAAAAGGAUAAAGAUAGAAAAGGGGGUGCUACCCCUGGAAGGCUCUGAAGGGGCUGCUCUUCCUACAGGGGGGCCACCUGCCCUCGAGGGAGCUCCUCUGCCUCCUGAGGGAGUUGUCUCGACUUCUGCCCCCAACUCAGAAGCUGUGUUUGCCGCCUGGAGCAGGUUGAAAACCAGGGCCGUGAAGAUGGAGCCGGUACACUCACAAGAGACUGGCGAGGUCCUGUGGUGCGUGGUCCACGGGAGAAGUCUCCCAGCUAACACAGGCGGCUGGGCUCAUUUACAGUUUCAUGCUGGGCAGGCCUGGGUGCCUGGAAAGCGAAGGAGGGUGUCCGCACUCUUCCUGAUACCUUCUGGCGAUUUCCCACCCCCACACCUGGAGGACAACAUGCUGUGCCCUGAGUGUGUACACAGGAAUAAAGUAUUAACAAAAAGCCUGCAGUGAGAUCAUAAUAGCAGGAAAAGGGUACAGCUAUGAUUAUAAUUAAUGAUAGAGAAGUGACUACAAUCAACUCCACGGUGACUUUAGACAGCUGGACUCAGGGCCACUCCACUCUCUCCAUGCCUCCGGUGUCCAGGGUACACAACCUGCUUACAAGGUCACGUGAAGAAAGAAAACCUGUGAGCUGAUGGGAAACACAAGCAGAAGUGACCAUCUCUCCAAAGAUGACCAGCCCUAAGGCAGCAAAGGUUAAAGGAGAUGGGGACAUUUAAAAAUAUUAAGUCACCGAAUGGAAUUAAUUUGCUUGAAAAUGCCUCAAGUAAAUUUCUACAUUGGACAAGACAGAUCUUAUAGGCAACAGUUGCAAUUUGGUCAUGUACACCUCAACCAGAUAUUCAACUUUAUCAUCACCAGGCAUGGUACAAGCAGAAACGUGUUGUCGCUGACAAUAUUCUUGCGCCAAAGACUCUAUUCACAGGGAAGCAAUCAGUCCUGAUGAUGCCUCUUGUCUCAGUGUAAUUAGGUGAGCUUACCUUCUUUUUGGUGUCAGUUACUUAGAUGCACCCAUCCAUAUGUAAAUAUUCACAACCUAUGCACUUAAGACGUCUAUUUUAUGUAUAUGUGAGUUAUAUAUAAUUUUUUUAAAGUGUUCCGGAUUGAAUGAUACAUUAUAGUGCCUCUAGUAAAAAGGCAACUAGAAAAUUUUAAAAUUAAAACUUUUAUUUUAAAAU